AUGACUGAUGAGCCGUGGGUCCUUACAACAUAUCUGCUUAGCGUCAAUCAUCAACAAUUCAUUCGUGCAACACGCCACCCCUUCUUAGCCCGCGCUGCCAACGGUACAUUAACAAAGCCCGUCAUUGCACGUUGGCUUGCCAACGAUCGACAGUAUCUUCAGGGGUACAUCUCUACCAGCAAGAACACUCUGGACCUGCUCAAUAGCCAGAGGAAGUCGACAAGAGCGGCAGAAGGGGGGUCAGAUAUCGAAACGAGACUAAUCGCAUGGUUAGAGUCAGCGGUACAAAAUGGCGAAAGAGAAAUUCGUUUGUUCCAAGAAGUUAGUGACGCCUACAAGAUCGAUAUUCCUAGCUAUCCAGUGACGGACGAAGUGAAGCUCGAGGGACUGCGCCGUUACGAGACCCUGUUCGACACAGUCGCAUCACAACCGCCCAAUGCCUUCAUACCGUGGUUGGAAGGUGCUGUACUUUUGUGGGCGACUGAAAAGGCCUAUUACGCUUCAUUCUCAUGGGCUCGACGACAAGAUACACAUUCGUCACCAAAGGACUACAGCAAUGACCAAGACGGUGGUGCAAUGAGGCGCGAGUUCAUUCCAAACUGGUCGAAUCGUGACUUUCUCAUGUUCGUCGAACAGCUUGAGCGCAUUGUGAAUGAGGGUGUCACCGAGGCGGUGAACCGCGACGAAUCGAAGUGGGCGGAGGUCAAACAAAGAGCUGGCGUAAUUUGGCAAGCGGUAUUGGAUGCGGAAGAGGCAUUCUGGCCAGACGUAGAGAAUGGAGGGAAGUAG